AUAACAUGCGGAAGUAAACAAACGCGUGGUUCAUUGUUCGCGCAUUGGGGACGUUUUCUGCUUUUUAAACCUUUUUUUUUUUUUUUUUCUUGUUUACACUGAACAUUUCACCCCCGAGGCACCGUUCACUCGUGGACUUUGGGGUUUAUAAUCCGAUUUUGAGUGGAUAACUUUCACAAAAGAGCGAUAAACGGAGCGUGGAUCUGGAGAAGAACAUGGAACGUAAAAUACCUGUUGUGGCGUUGUUUGACUUUUUAAAAGUUCCAGAAUACAACAAUUUGGAGCAAAAACUUCAGGUUCAAGAUGCCUCCAUCUUUGCUGAGAGGAGGUUUACCGGGCUCAGUGUGGAGGAUGAGAUGAAGUGGACCGAUGGUUUUGUUUCAAUUUUUGACCCAGAUGAGAAUUUUCUAAAUGACAAAGUUUCAGAGUCUGUGCCACAGGGCGGCGCUGUUGAGUUUGAUCUCAGUGCUGUGAAGAUAGAAGUGAAGGAAAUAAUGGACGAGGAUUGGGCCCCGGAUUCAUAUGACCAAGAUCCCGUCUUUAGAGUCAAAGGAGCGGCGUUCGUCUGCCCCACGUGUAACAAGAGCUUUCGCCGCAUUGCACUUCUGAAACAACAUCUCGUCAUUCACUCCGGGAUCAGAAAGUAUUCCUGCCAAAUCUGCGGGAAAAAAUUUGGCCGGAAAGGUUCUCUGAAGGAUCACCAAGUCACGCACAACGGGAGCAGAGACUUCAAGUGCAAAAUCUGCCCCAAAACGUUCGUACGAAAAGGAGAUUUGGAGAAACAUUUAAGAAGCCACAGCGACGAGCGGCCGUACUGCUGCGAACUCUGCGGCAAAACGUUUAAAUUUCACGUCAAAUUAACGGAGCACAAACGAACUCACUUGGACGAACUUCCGUAUCAGUGUGACCGGUGUCCCAAACGGUUCAGACUGAAGCAGCUGCUGAACGAGCAUAAAAACACACACAACAGAGAUAAACUAUUUGAAUGCGACGUGUGCCACAAAAAGUUUAACAACGGAAGUAAUUUGAGAAAGCACCUGAUGAUCCACACGGGCGAGAAACCUUUCAGCUGUUCAGAAUGCGGAAAGCGGUUCAGGAUCAAGCAGCACUGGCAGCAACAUGAGAUGCGGCACAGAGAAGAAUUCCCGUUUGUUUGCGACAUUUGCGGUAAAUCGUUUGUCGUAAACGGCGCGUUACAGAAACACAUCGAGACGCACGCCAAACCCAAAAACGUGCAGAAAGAACCGGGAGAAAAUGAACUCGAGAGGCCGUUCAGGUGCGACGAAUGCGGGAAAAGAUUCAAAACAGAGCAGAAUUUAAGGCUGCACACGGAGAGGCAUUCGGGUUUAAAGCGGUUUGAGUGUCAGGAGUGCGGACGACACUUCAACGAUAAGAGUAAUCUGAGAAAACACGAAAUGAUCCACACGGGAGAGAAGCCGUUCGACUGCGGACGUUGUACGAAGUCGUUCAGGCUGAAGCAGGUGAGGGACAACCACGUGGCCGCCGUGCACGGGGAGGACGACCGCAACCACGACAAGCAGGGACAAAACCGGAGCAGCAGCGUCUAGACACGACUCGUUUCAGAUGACAUCACAAAAUCCUACCGGCCAAUCGUACGAACUUUUGUCUUUGGGAAAAGUUAUGACCCAAAAGCAGCUCCGUCACAGCAGAACUCUGGCAUUUCUCAGUCAAAAUUCGGCCAUUUGUUCAUUUUUGAUGAUUUCUAUCAAAAAUGAAAAUAAAAAUAAAUGUUGAUUGUACAGUAAGAACCAUCUGAAAAAAAAAAUUACGUUGAAGUUUAAAUUGAACCCAAUUUGUUUCUCUUAUAACUCAGAUCAUGUAAUGGCGGGAAGAACGGACCAAACAGUGCAGGACUCGGGAAAGGUUUACACGCGAUCGACUUCAUGUCCACCAAUCAAUCAAUCAAUCAAUCAAUUAAUCAAUCAAACUUUAUUUCUAUAGCACCUUCCAACAACCAAAGCCAACACAGGACAGAGAUGGAAAUGAAGAGUUGCAGGAGAUUUUGAGGUCCAAAAAUGCACAAUGUUUUACAAAAAUACGGCCCAUUAGCCUAAAUAAAUCAAUAAAUAAAUUUGGUAUCAGUGCAUCAGUCUGAAAAAAGUAUGUUAUUUUGUAUGUUGUUAUGUUAUUUUAUUUUAUGGCUGAGUUAUAAGAGAAACAAAUUGAGGUCAAAUUAAGCCCAGAGGAACUUUAACGUAACUCGACUUGGAAAAACACACAAGGAUUUUAAAGGAGGUGGGAUUAUGCAAACUCGACUUUUUGGAGCGUUCUACCUCAAGACACAAGAAGAACCUUUAAACUCUGAGACAUUCACUGUUUAUGAAAGAAAUAUUCAAACUGGAAAUCCACAAAUGUUGAACCUUUCCAUCAUUCGUUGGAGACAUGUUCCACAUACUUUCUUUAUUAAUCUUAUGGUUUAAUGUUCUUUAAAAUGACAACAAUCACGUUUUUGUAAUUCCAGAGAUAAAAAACAUAAAUGAGGUGAACACGUCUGUGACACAGAAUCCACAGAGUCUGACCCGUCUCACAAAAUACUGUCAACAGUUUUAUUUUUGUUGAUUUUAUUUUUUUAUUUUGCAAAAACAUGAAUAAAAGGUUCAUAAAUGUUGGAGUAAAAAAGUCCCGUAGCCUGGUCUUAACAAUAAAAGCCACUACAUG